UCUCUCUAGAGCGGGAAGUCACCCACAUCAGCAUCCUCACUGCAGAUCUGAAUCGCAGAUGCAGUUGUAGCCGAUCCGAGGCGUCGGGCUGAAACUUUUGUCUCUGUUCCAGGUUCAGUUCGCAGCUCAGAGACGCGCCAGGAUGUUCUACUUUCACUGUCCGCCUCAGCUAGACGGAGAGUGCUGUCGCUCCAACACAUUGAAUUCAAGCAGUUUUGGCAACCACGCCCCGGCUGAUUUUGAUGAUGGAUUUCUACGUAGAAAACAGCGCAGAAACAGAACAACAUUUACUUUGCAACAGUUGGAGGCUCUGGAGGCUGUCUUCGCCCAGACUCACUACCCGGACGUCUUCACCCGGGAGGAGCUGGCCAUGAAGAUCAACCUGACCGAGGCCAGGGUGCAGGUUUGGUUUCAGAACCGCAGAGCAAAGUGGAGGAAGACGGAGCGAGGGAGCACAGAUCCUGAAGGAGGGAAAGAGCAGAUGAGUGAGGGCACUCCUCCAUCUCGCAGCAUCAACUCUCAGUCCCCAGUGGACCACAGCAGAAAGCAGAAGGAACCACUGGAGAUGCAGCAGAGUAUGUCUGUGUUCUCCAGUAUCAACAGGACUGUGGGUCCAAGUGGUCCGUUCUUCCCAUCUUGUAUACCAGGCACCCUCCUCAACUCUGCCACCUACGCCCAGGCCCUCUCACAGGUCGCCACACUGAAAGGUAAUGGUUUGUGCUCCUGCUGUGUCUCUGACCCCAUGGGCUUGUCCUUCCUGCCGCCCUACGGUUGUCAGGGCAACCGCACAGCCAGCGUGGCCGCCCUGCGCAUGAAGGCCCGUGAGCACUCGGAGGCUGUGCUGCAGUCUGCCAACCUGCUUGGCGCUGCGACCGGGCCCGGCGUGGGAGUCCUGUCUGGAGUCGGCGUCAGCACAGCCGGGGUGGCGAGGCCCACGGUGGGCCCUGCCAUCGAGGUGCCUGGCACUGUGGGAAGAGGGGGAGACAGCUCCAGUCCCAGCCCGGCCAACAAGGUCCCCAUCCUGGGGAGCAGUCCUGACAAACACCCUCACUGCUCCAAGGAACCAAUGGACAAAAAGUGAGGUGCUGGACAUAAACGUGGAUGUACUGAUACUCUAAAUCUGUGUGAUCGUGCCUGUUAUUACUACUCUACUCUACUCUGGUCCUAUGAGCAACUAAGCACAACUACUGACUGACUCCAGAAACAGCCUGGGAAAGACUUUACUCAUAUCACAAUGGAUGCAAACAUUAAAAUAUUUAUUUGACAGUAAAUUAUUAUUGUUUGUGAGAAAUGCUCAAUAUUUUGGGCCUUGUUAUCCCAAUAGAAGCACAAGUGUGGUUUUGGAUCUAUAUGUGUCUUUGUGCACUCGUGGACUCUAUUUGAUGGACUAACAUAGAUGCAACAUGCGUGCAACAAAGACCUAUUUGAUAAUGUGAAUUUAAGAAAUCCUGAUACAUUUCCUGUCAUUUUCAUAAAGAGUACAGAUGCUUACAUUGUGAAUGUUAAUGCAUGUAAACUAUAAGUGUAAAACUGAAGGCAGGUCAGUGCGGAUUUUGGCAAUAUAAUGUUCAUGCCAUCAGGUCAGUAAUGGGCUCAAACAAUCUCUCAUUCUUUUGAUUUUUUUUUAAAGUGAAAGUGCACUUUAAUAUUAAUCAGCCAUUUUCAGUGUAAAUGUGUACAUGUGCCAGAAUACAGUGUGUUCAUGUGUGAACCCCAGGUAGGCUGAAGCAGACCCAGUGACAGAGCGGUGGUUGUCCCUUCCACUCUGUUAGCACAUCUGUAGCGUCAGCAGACAGGGAACACACCAGUCCUGUUGUGACAUGUUCUUUAAAACAAUUAAAGAUGUAGUCGCUCAUGUUCCUCUCCUGUUGCCUCUCGCUCCAGCCAUCUGUUCUGAUACAUUAUUUAUCAGUUUCCCUUAAAGCCGGGAGAGGAGAGCAAUCGUGACUCUUAUUAUUUAUUUACUUUUAGGAACGCUCACCCUCUUCCUAUUUCUCUUCCUCUCUCUGAGCAUUUUUUAAUAAACCCUAUUAAACAUGA